CACAUGUUACAAAUUAUUCAUUUUACGUCGAACACAAAAAAAUUGUAUCGAAUGCCAAACUACAACGAGAGAAAGAUAAGAGUAUGAUGGAUUAUGAAAUAUCCUGUUGCUUGCAACGUCAUGUUCACAAUAAAUAUUAAAUUAACCUUUCGUAUCCUUUUUUCUCAUCCAUUUUUUAGACACAAAAGAAAAGUUCAAAACUUUCUGCCAUGCAAGACGCCGACAAGGGGUCCCUUGGAUCCAAGCGUGUUGCCUGUUGGGCACUCGGUGACAUACGAGGAUCCCGACAUCCACAUGGGACACCACAGGCCUUUGGUGAUGAGACAGCACCCGCUCAAUGUUGAGAUGCUUCACGCAAAAGCGCUUCAUUAUCCAAGCGGUUUUCCAAUGCCUCGUUCUCCGCCACUUUUUAUCUGUUCUUCCCCUGGUCCCGAUCCAUAUCGUUCAAAUGACAACGUUUAUGAAGAGUUGGAACAUCGAGGACGCUUUUCUGAUUGUGAUCGGCAGCUACAUUCCGAUGAAGACUUUGCUGAAGAUGAACUGAGUCUUCCAGGUGAUCGUUCCUUAAAUAAAUCGUCAUCAGAGAAUACGACAGUUGCUACAAUCUAUCAAGAUCGUGGUGGCGUUGGCUCAUCAAGUAACAAAACUAAUGAGAACGCACCAAUUUAUUUGGAACGUAAUCGUGUUGAGAGAAAUUCUCUGCUAUCAUCAGCUUCUUCAUCAGCAAAUGAUAACAACAUGGCGAGACCAAAUGUUAGAAAUUCUAGUUCAAGUACCGAAUCAAAUCAUCACAGCACUUUGAACCGUGUUAAUAAUAAUGUGACAAAUUCUAAUCCCGCAACAAACACGGGAUUUUUCCGCUUCAGAACUUCACGACCAAACACUUGUAAAGCUAAAAAUAGUCGUCAAAAAUCAAACAACUUUAGCAUGGACAAUUUAAAUUCAUCAACCGAAACAACACCGGCCGAUGAAGUGCCGUCAUAUGUUUCAGGUAGUGGAAAUAACUCCAGCGGAAACAAUAACACGGGCUCGUCGUCAGCGAGUAACAAUAACAACACCAACAGCGAUCCAAUUAGUUUGAGCGCUGUAAAUGGCAGUCAUAUUGAGGGUGAUACAAAUAAUAAUAGCAAUAUCUGUGGUAGAAAUAAUUAUUACGGAGCUGAGAGUGAAGUUGAACGUCGUAACCGCAUCAACGCUCAACUCUCUAAUCCGACAUUAAAUGUAGCGACGAUAUUCAGAGAUCGCAACAUUCCUUAUCAUCCUCCAAGAGCUAAUGCAAAUUAUUAUGCACCCCCACAACAUAUGAUGUUGGCAAAUCGAGCUAAUCAUAGUAAUAAUAAUAAUAUCGAUGUCAAUGGUCGAUCAAGGACAAAUCCACGAAUUGAUCGAAGACGUCAUGUGAAUAGAGAACAACAGCAUGGAAAUUGUAAUGUGAAUAGCAAUAGCAGUAGCACAAUCAAUAAUAACAACAGCAACCAAGAAUAUUUGUAUCAUGAGCCGGUGUAUCAUGAAGAUGUGUUGUACGAUCCCUACAGCAAUGGCGGUGGUGGACGGAAUCAGAUUUAUCAUCAACCUUAUAUCUUGCCCGAAUUUACGACUUUUAGGAACUUCAAUAAUCUCAACAAUCCACAUCAACCAUUGUACAAUUCAGCGAUGGGCUCCGAUUCAGGCUAUAGUCAGAACACCCAAAUGUCGGGUCGAAGCUUGUGGGGUCAUCGAAAACGUGUCAACAACACUAACAACAACAAUAAUAACAGCAGUACGCUAACAACGCCUUCGGCAUCAAAUAGAAAUGAA